AUCUCAAGAAUGAACUUUAUCGGCAAAUUAUGCAGAUUGUCAAAUAAUUGUGCCCGGAAAAUCAGAAUUACGUCCACAUCUAUUACGAACAUCUCGAUAACUACCCGAUAACUAAUAAUUAUUAUAUCGUUUAUUUGAUUAAAGUUUGUUGCAUUAUUUUCAAUCUGUGUUAUUUUCUGAAUUCCUAUUUAGCCGGCGAUUACAUGUGUUGUUAUUUAUUAUACUUACUUUAUUAAUUAAAUGACGAAAUAGAAAAACACGUUCUUGAUACAUGAAUACAUAUUACAUAAAUAAUAAUACUUUAAUAACCUUAGCGUUUCAAAAUGUUAAAAUUAAUUAAAUGUUUAGGUAGGAAAAAUUAUAUAAGAUUAAACAGAGAGUUUCCUAACAACUUUAUCAAUAAACGUUCAGUUUUCCAAACAAAGAAUGAUGGUAUAAAUGUACCGAAAACGCUAAAAGAUGUCUCACCACAAACUCUUACAAAUAUGCAAAAAAAAGUGGGAAUAUGGCUCCUUGGAUGCAGCGGAAUGGUGUUCGGAGCUGUUGCGUUAGGUGGAGUAACGAGACUUACCGAAUCUGGAUUAUCUAUGGUAACAUGGAAGUUUAUGGGAGAAAAAAUGCCGAGAACACAAGUGGAGUGGCAAAUGGAAUUUGAAAGAUAUAAACAAUUUCCAGAAUAUAAGUUAAAAAAUAAAGAUAUGAGUUUAAGUGAAUUUAAAUUCAUUUUCGCAAUGGAAUAUAUACAUAGAAUGUGGGGUCGAGCAAUUGGUAUAUUUUUCACGCUACCUGCCGGUUAUUUUUGGUAUAAAGGAUAUUUUUCUAAACAAAUGAAAGUGAAAGUAUUAUUAUUCGGAACACUAAUAGGCUUACAAGGCUUGAUGGGUUGGUAUAUGGUAAAAUCUGGCUUAGAAAACAGAUUUCAAGAUGUCAAUGAUGUUCCAAGAGUGUCUCAAUAUCGAUUAGCAUCACAUCUAGCGCUAGCAUUUAUUCUUUAUGCAUCAUUUUUAUCAACUUCUUUAUCGCAUUUAUUACCAAAAGAAAAACUUCUGUCGACAAUUCAAACUAUGUCAUUAAAAAGAAGUGCCCAUAUUGCAUGUGGUUUAGUCUUUUUAACCGCUAUAUCAGGUGCUUUCGUGGCUGGACUAGAUGCUGGCUUAGUAUACAACUCUUUUCCAAAAAUGGGUGAUGAUUGGGUUCCUAAAGAUAUAUUAGCAUUAAAGCCAAUAGUAAAGAACUUUACAGAAAACCCAACAACAGUUCAAUUUAAUCACCGUAUUUUGGGAAUAACAACAUUUGGUUUAAUUUCUUAUCUAUGGCUUGUUGCUAGAACAAAGAAACUGCCAAAACGUACUAAAUUGGCAAUAAAUACAAUAAGUGCAAUGGCUUGCAUUCAAGUUAGCUUAGGAAUAACCACACUUUUAACAUACGUUCCAGUUACUUGGGCAGCAGCUCAUCAAUCAGGAUCUUUGUUAUUGCUAUCUUUUGCCGUGUGGCUCAUGAAAGAACUUAAAUAUUUGAAAUAUGUACCUAAAUAGUGUAUAAAUAAUUACUUUUAUAUUAUUUUAAUAAAAAAUAAGAAAAAAUAAAAAGUAUAACUAAA